AGGACGAAAGUUUCGGGCCGGGACGCGGACUCAUCCCUCGACGUCCCUCAACCCCCGCCGAAGACGAGGCACCUACCGGCAGAGCCGCGCAGGAAGGACCCCGUCAGCAGCAGCAGCAGCGGUACCAGGAAGUUGGGUGAAAAUCGAUGGCCAUCAGCGCCCAUGGGCGGCCUCGCGUUUAGAACAAGGAAUAGCCCCUCCCAGAAGACCUCGCUCCGGUGGGGCGACUGCUGCCCCCGGAACCCCAGUCCGCCGUUGUUGCUGACCGUCCGGACCGACCGUCACCAGGUCAUGCCGCCCGUACCUGUCUGAGGUUGUCCCCCGUUGCUGCGCGACUGCACCCCGCGGGGUCUCCAGAGGUUUCCAACCUCCCUCAAGCCAGACCGCAUCCCGAACCUCGCGGACCUUCACCUCCGGCAGCUCGAUCUAACUCCGGUGGACCUAUCCGCGCCGAAGAUGAUCAACAUCGCCGGAGUGAUCUCGAUCGUCCUCUUCUACAUCCUGAUCCUCGGCGUGGGGAUAUGGGCGGCCCGGAAGAAGGAGGCCGGGAACGAUUCCGAGGAGGAGGUGAUGCUGGCCGGCAGGUCGAUCGGCCUCUUCGUCGGCAUCUUCACCAUGACGGCCACCUGGGUGGGCGGAGGAUACAUCAACGGCACCGCGGAGGCCAUCUACACGAAGGGACUGGUCUGGUGCCAGGCUCCCUUCGGGUAUGCCCUCAGCCUGGUGUUCGGUGGCAUAUUCUUCGCCAACAAGAUGCGUCAGCAGGGGUACAUCACGAUGUUGGAUCCACUUCAGGAUGCGUUUGGUGAACGAAUGGGAGGGCUGCUCUUUCUUCCUGCGCUCUGCGGGGAGGUCUUCUGGGCCGCCGGGAUCCUGGCGGCCUUGGGGGCCACCCUAGCGGUUAUCAUCGACAUGGAACAAGGCACCUCCGUCAUCUUUAGCGCCUGCAUCGCCAUCUUCUACACCCUCUUCGGCGGCCUCUACUCCGUCGCCUACACCGACGUCAUCCAGCUCUUCUGCAUCUUCAUUGGACUGUGGAUGUGCAUCCCCUUCGCCUGGGCCCACCCCCAAGUGAAGCCCCUGAGCUCGAUGGACGUCGACUGGAUCGGCGCGGUGGAGUCUAAGGACAUUUGGCGGUACAUUGACAACGAACUGCUCCUGAUUUUCGGGGGCAUACCUUGGCAGGUGUACUUCCAGAGGGUGCUUUCAUCGAAAACUGCCGGGAGGGCUCAGCUCCUGAGCUACGUGGCUGCCUUUGGGUGCAUCCUCAUGGCCAUUCCUCCAGUCCUUAUCGGCGCCAUCGCUAAAGCAACAGAUUGGAACGAGACGGGGUACGGCAGCUUUCCCAAGACCGAUACCGAGACGAGCAUGAUCCUGCCGAUGGUCCUGCAGUAUCUCACCCCGGACUUCGUGUCGUUCUUCGGCCUCGGGGCGGUCUCGGCGGCGGUGAUGUCCUCAGCGGACAGCAGCAUCCUCUCAGCCAGCUCCAUGUUCGCCAGGAACGUCUACAAGUUGAUCUUCCGUCAGAGGGCGUCGGAGAUGGAGAUCAUCUGGGUGAUGCGCGUGGGCAUCGGGGUGGUGGGUGUCCUGAGCACGGUGAUGGCGUUGACGAUCCCAUCGAUCUACGGCCUGUGGUCGAUGUGCUCGGACCUGGUCUACGUGAUCCUGUUCCCGCAGCUGCUGAUGGUGGUGCACUUCAAGGAGUACUGCAACACGUACGGCAGCCUGUCGGCGUACAUAAUCGCGUUCCUGGUGCGGGUGAGCGGAGGGGAGCCGCUGAUGGGGUUGCCGGCGCUGAUACACUAUCCAGGGUACGACGAGGCGAACGAUCUCCAGCAGUUCCCGUUCAGGACGAUGGCGAUGCUGAUGUCGCUGGUGACGCUGGUGGGGGUGUCCUACGGGACGCAGCGAGCCUUCCUGAGCGGGAGCCUGGCGCCCGGGUACGACGUCUUCCGGUGCGUGGUGAACAUCCCGGAGGACGUCGAGAGGGUGGGCCCGGACCCCGCGGAAGGGGAGCAGAUGGCCGUCCUGGCGGGUGGAGUCGGCAGGCUCUACGGCAGCAAGGACGAGUCGAACGGACGAGUCAAUCCCGCGCUCGAGCCGGACUACGACAUGGACCCUGGAUGCAGGAUCGGAUUGGCCGAAGACGGCGGCGGGGGCGGAGGUGGCGGCGGGCCAGGAGGCGUCGGCCCCGGCGUCGCCCGCCACCCGCAAUCCAGCACCGCGUUCUAAUCCCUGGUUCCGUGAUCGGAUGCUGUGACCAACAAUAAGUGCGGUGGUGCGGUGCACCUCCUCUCCUUGCUCCUCUCCCGGAUCCUGCCCCCUCCCUGCCCCCUCCCAAGGAGAGGGAUGAGCGCCCAUCGUGGAUUCCAGGUUCCCGUGGGAGGAAAUCGGGAUCGAUGCAGAGAGUCCAUCCGAAGCAUCGCCGACGUUGUCCCUUUUAUCGGUCCCACCCUUGACGCCGGAAUCGCUCAUCCCUGCCCACCAGGUCCCGCUUACGAGCACCCGUACGUAUACGAGACUAUACAUACACGCGUUCCCAUGUACCGGCACUGCACCGCCUGUUAGGCCUAGUCAUUUUGUUUUGGAGAUGUAUAUUUAGAGUCUAUCAACCGCUUGCGAGAGAACUAUGCCAGUGGCCAGCCGAUGCACCGAGGGGCCCGUCGACCGGUUCCGAAAUCCUAUUCCCGAGGUCCUUCGACGAGGUCCUGGCCAUCGCGGGAGGAGGCCUCGUUGACAAGAGUCCGACUGGUAGAUACCGCUCCCCGUUACGAGCGUCCGAGAUACAACGAUCCUUCGAGGACAGGGAACGCUCGAUUUGAAAAUGGUCCCCAUGUACCUUGAAGACCCCCCAGCAAUACGUAACUCUAGGCUCGUUCUUACCUGAUAACGCAAUCAUCCGUUUAUACGAUCGUGUAAUUAUUACUCGAGGAAUUAACUCGUCGAUACGAAAUUUUGGGACUGGCCAGCAGACUCGCAUCCCGUAACCUCGUCACCGCGUCGCGACGCUUCCUCGGCGCUCUCCUCCGGCACCAGGUGAGAGACAAUGCCGACCUUUCGGGACGGCGUCGCGGUAGGCGACGCCUUCUUUAGCCGGGAAAAUGCAUCCGGUAUAUAUGCACAUCGAUGUUAGAGGACUACCGAGAAGCUUUUAUACGUAUGUCGAACGUUCUUCCCUUGAACGCGGCGGAGGGGGCAACGAGGAGCGACGUUCCUUAGGAUGUGUAUUUUAUUAGGCAUAUCGGCGUCGCGACGCGCUCGGUGGGGUAUAGAUUACUGAUAAUGCAGGAACGAGCGGUCGUUAUCUAUCGGUGCAUCGGCUGAUUUGCAGAUCCGUUGUGUUUAACAAUAUAGUAUAUGUAACGUCGCGGCUGCAUCGCGACGAGGCGUGUGUUAGGUUACUAUGAGCGUAACUUUUGAAGAGAGAGGGAGAGAAAGGGGAAGAGAGAGAGUGAGAGUGAGCAAGAGAGAACGAGUGGCGUAGAGAGGAGUGAGAGAGACAUACAUAUCUAUGAUACGCGUUAAUAAACAUAUCCGCGAGAAGACUACACCUCGCGGGGGGUCCCUCCCCCCGCUGAUCGAACGUUAAUUCCAUUCGAUUAUUUAUUGCCGUUGUCGUCAUCGACGCCGUUGUUGACUACUUUUAUUUUCACUCGUUGAUCGCUCAUACCCUGGAAAGCUCCGCUCGACCCUCGUCGAAGUGGCCGAUCGAUCGAUAUCGAUUCCUGGAUCGCGAUCGAUGCCUUCGUUCUUUUUUUUUUUUAUCUUGGUUUUAUAACAGGUUCUCGAGAUUUUCUGCCCACAUUCCGCGUAGGAGAAAUUCACCGAGACGUAACUAGGAUAUUACGAGACGGUACAACAGGUGCCCAUGUAAAUACGCAGGAGGACACGCGGAUGCACACCUUACGUGCUUCCAAGUGUCCCUCUCGGGCCCGGAAACUUUCUCUUCCUAGUCGAACGAUAGGAAGAGUCUUUUCCACCGUUUCAUAUCGUCGCUUAAUAUGUUUAGAAGAAAAAAAAAAAAAAGGAAAUAGAUCCCGGCGGGAUUCGAUCCCUCGACCGCGAGUCGGCGACUUCGACGCCUCGACGGGGCUUUCAGGGUCGCGCGAAUCUAUUUUCGGGAGAAUUCCCGAGUCACAUUUUGCGAUAAUUCGUGAGUUUCCUUUAGGAGGAAUUCGCAAAUAUUUCUUUCCACCCGGAAGGAUUCGCGAGUUUUCGCAAGAAUUACCGAGCCUCUCUUUGGGAAAAUUGACGAGGGUUCGCGAGAGAUCGUGAGUUUCUUUUCGGAGAAAUUCGCAAAUCUGUUCGCGAGAAUUCGCGGGUCUCUUUCUGGGGAAGAUUCACGCGUCACCGCGAGAAUUCGGGAGUCUCUUCCUUAAAGGAAUCGCGAGGGUCAUCACACGAGAAUCCGCGAGUCUCUUUUCGCGAGCUCGCCGCGAGGGCUCAAGGGAGGAUUCGCGGGCGAACACCCUUGGCCAAUGUUGGGGGUUAGUUGUAAGGGUUGCGAGAGUUGUCACGGGGGUUGUUACAGUGUUUCCUUUCCUUUUUUCCUUUCGAUUAUUCGAACUCGAGGUGGACGUUCCCUCGGCGAGUCCGCCCCGGAGCUGUUCCGCGCGAGCUGUCACCUACAUAUCAAUUACAGUUGUAACGACGUAA